GAUUACAGCUAAUAACAUGUACCCCUCAAACGGCUAUGUAAAUGCUACUUUUCCAGAAUAUGACUUUAACCCAAAUUCAGAAAUCCAAGAUCUCUCCUCUUCUAAUUCAUCUUGCUUGUUCAAUUUUCCUUCUCCCUUGAAUCAAUACGGAGACGAGGCGAUUUACCUUCAGCAGUUCCAUGCUAUUUUAUCUCAAAAUAACCUAGAUAGUCCGGGGGCCUUGAACGAAAUGACUGUUCCUGAUAUCACAGCAUAUUCUUGCGAGAAUAAUAAUAGUGGCACGGUGAUGGAACAUGUGGGUGCAGGAGAAAGCACUGAUCAGCCACCGGAGAAAAAGAAAUUGUCUAAGAAAGAUAGGCACAGCAAGAUUAAUACUAUUCAUGGCCCUAGAGACCGAAGAAUGAGGCUUUCUCUCGACGUUGCUAGAAGGUUUUUUGGACUGCAAGACAUACUGGGGUUUGAUAAGGCUAGUAAAACUGUUGAGUGGCUGCUUAGACAGUCGAAAAUGGCCAUCAAAGAACUUACUGGUCAGACAAACAAAGGCUCUGACACAUUUUCACUUUGGGCUUCAGCUUCAGAUUGCGAAGUUGUGUCUGGAAUCGAUGAGUUCUCGGUACCAGAGACUGCAUCGACGACUAAAACUGAUGGGUCGCCUUCAACUCAGAGGAAAAAUAAGAGAAUUAGAAGAGUUAGAAAACCUACAUUUUAUCCCUUUGACAAGGAAUCAAGGGAAAAGGCUAGGGAGAGAGCAAGGGAGCGGACAAAGGAUAAGAAAAGGCAGCAGCAGCAGCUUGAUGAUCAGCAUUCGACGAACUUAAUGACUUGGAGCCCAAUUGGAAGCAGCAAAGAUCUGGCGGGGAGUAGUCACAACACCAUAACCUAUAACAGUCUACCUUCAUUAGAUGAGGUUGAAGAAAUGCAAAAUGGUUGCGAGGAAAGCAUCAAUAUUAUUGAUCCUAAUUUGUUUAUGAUAGCUGGAAACUGGAGUCCGUCUGCUCUCUUAAAUUAUCAGCACAGCGAAAUUUCCCACGAGUUUGCAGACUUUCAGUUCCAUGGAUAUCACAACCAAAUCUUCUAAUGGGACUCAAAUCAUCAGCACACCCGCCCCUUAAUUUCUGGUCUGGAUUGUAUACGGGGAAGAUAUAUAGCUACUCAAAUAGAUUAAUUUCUUAUAUAUGUUAUGUAUGCUUUUGGAUGAAAUUGUCAGU